UUUCAUAUUUCAUUUCACCUCUGACAUUUAAGGGUUGAAGGCACUUGAUUUUCUGUCAUUUUUUGUUGUGACUUGUGUAAGUUUUGUUGUGCUAAAAACUAAAUUACAAAAAUAUUGAUUCAAAUCAAGAUUUCUGUCGUGUAAUCGAGUUUUAAAUAAGUUGUAACAAUGACGGAGGUUUUACCAGCUGAAGAAAACAGAGAAGACCGUGUGGCAUCCAUUCUAAAAGGCUUUCAAGUAAACUGGAUGAAUUUGCGAGAUGCAGAUACUGGCAAGAUCCUUUGGCAGAAUAGCGAAGACAUGUCAAACCCUGACAUAGAGCAUGAGGCUCGCGUGCCCAAGCGCAUCCUGAAGUGCCGCGUCGUGUCCCGGGAAAUGAACUUCAGCUCCAUAGAGUCUAUGGACCGGUUCCGUUUAGAACAGAAAGUCCUAUUCAAAGGGCGAUGCUUGGAGGAAUGGUUUUUUGAGUUUGGCUUCGUGAUCCGCAAUUCUACAAACACGUGGCAGUCAGUUAUCGAGUCUGCUCCCGAAUCUCAGAUGAUGCCGGCUAAUGUUCUCAAUGGUAACGUCGUCAUUGAAACAAAGUUUUUCGAUGGAGAUUUGCUGAUCACAACAUCACGCGUCCGGCUAUUCUACGUGUAAUAAGUAGGCACCACAAACAAAGCAUUUACUAGUCAAACCUAAUUUUAAUGCAUUUCCUCUACAACUCUAUUUAGUUUGUUUAUGGCCCAUCACUUUACAUCAUAUCUAUUAUCUAUGGAUUCGAAAUCACAAGUGACCUUAAAUUAGGUUUCGAAAUUGGUCCCUACAGAUUUUUAAGGGCUUACAAGUACUUUUAAAAUCUAGAAUAAUGCAUUCCUUUUACUUUUAAACUAAUUGUUAAUCUCAAAUGACCUAUGUAAGCCUUUGGAAAUGGAAAAAGUCAAUUGAAAACUAUGUCUUAAGUACAUACUGAAUGUACACCUACCUAUUUGUAAUUUUGUAUUAUUUUUUAUAUAAGAAGCAUUUCUCUAAGGUACCUAUGUAAUUGCUGUGAGUUUUUGUACUGUUAUAAUAGUAGUCAGUAUUGGUUUUAUUGUCCUACAAUGUACUGCAUCUCAAACCCGCUUUGUCUUAAAGCACUUUUAGAAUAAAUGAUAUUUUGUUAGAAAAUAUUGUGAAUGUUUAGUAUUACAAAAUUUUGAUCUGGUAAAUAAUGUAUAUCGAGCUAAAGAGAUAAAAAUAACUAUAUGUGUUUAGUACCGUCGGAAUCACACAUAACUAUAGUCAGUUCACUUAGUACCAGUUUGCUUUACGUUGAACGAAACUAGAGCGCGUUCGGCUCUGAUUGGUUGGUUCAUUCGCGCCGGCCAAUCAGAGCGUCGAACGCGUUCUCGUUCAAUGUAAAGCAAACUCGUGUUAAGGCUUCUGGUCUGGACUUAUACUUUCAUAUUUCAUGUUUGGACAUGAUUCAGUAACAAACAUACACAUAAACUAUCGCAUUUAUAAUAUUAAUAAGAAAUAAUAAUAAGAUAGAUUUACAAAAUAAACAAAUGAGACACAAGUUAAUUACUCUUACUCUUUAGCUCGAUGUAUGGUAUUUAAUAGCCGAUCUGAAAUUAAUAGCCGAUCUCAAUCUCAAGAUCGAUCUAGGACUCAAUAGAAUCAGGGGCGUAGCUAGCACUGUAUCUGCUGUAUCAAUUAUACAGGGCCAUGGCCAACGUGCGUUCCGGAGAUGCGGAUUACCUAACGGGUUACCGGGGUUCCGGCUCAAAGCAGGAGUAGGAACGGGGUGGGUUUUAGUCAGUACUCACUCUCGCCUCACCCAAGGGGCGGGAGAAGUCAUUGGAUGAAACCUCCUCCCCCUCCCGCUUCUUCCCUCAACAGAACUAAUGUCCAAAGUCUUUGGAUUGAGAUUGGUGACUAAUUUCGACCGUUAUUAUAUUUGUGGAAUUAUGUAGAAAUACAUCAUUGGAUUCUAUAAUUCAAUCGUUAACAUAAUCAUAAUUGAAAUUACAGGAAAUUAAAUAUAAUUAAAUAUAUAUUUAUGAGUACUAUAGUUUGUUAGAGUUUAAGUUUUAAAUACACUUAGUAAGGUACGCA